AUGAAGGAUGGCCAGCAUGCCUUUGCGAACAUCUUCCUUGACCCGCAUGCUGGAGAACAAUGUUAUUAUCGAAGACCAUGGCAGGGUCGUCGCUUCCAAGAGCACGAGAAGUUGUUGCCCGAUGGAGACACGGCAUCUGAGCAGUCGAAUGCUUUUUUUUUGGAUGACGAAGCUCAAGGACUUGAAGACCGUUACAGGUUGCGGGACGUCAAGGACAUGAGGUUCAACACUGCCAUUUUGCAGCACGAGCUUGCACCCGAGAUAGAAGAAGAGCGCCAAAUUGAUCGUCCGCCAAAGAUGGUUGCAGACGAACACCGACUCCACCAUCUUCACCUGGAUCUUCAGCAAUUAGCUCGUACUAGUCAGUGUGCAGUCUCCAAAGCAUGCCAGCCUGCCUUCCCAGCUUUGCAUCCAACCAGCCCUGCCAAGCUGUUUGACGUUGCCCGAAUAUCUCACGAUAAAUUUGCUACGGCACCAUCAGCCCGCCGCGGAAGAAAUGCAUCGUUAGCCAGUAUAUCCGCAAGACAGGGCGUGCAAACAUAUCGGAGAACCGCCUCCGACGGAUUUUUCUGGUGA